AUGGCCGGCACGCUCGAGAGCAUCACCGCCGCCACGCAGCUGCGCCGGGCGGUGAUGGAGGCGCAGCGGGAGCUGGACGCAAAGCGCGAGCUCUACAUGGUGCGCAUGGCUCGCGCGCGCGAGGUCGAGGAGAGCAUUGCGAAGGACCGCGCGCGGCUGCAGGACACGCUCGUGCGCUACUACAAGUUCAUCCAGGAGAAUGAGAUCAAGCGCACCCGCGCCACGCGCAAGGCCGUCACGGAGGAGCGCAUCAAGAAGGAGCGCGAGGAGCAGAUCGUCGAGCUCACGCAGCAGCUGCGCGACCUGGAGAGCCGCAACGAGCAGCUGCUGCGGCUCUACGACGUGUACGCCAAGUACCAGGAGUACCUCGACGAGGUGCUACAGCGCAACGACUGCGACGAGUACCAGGGGCCGCGCGACAUCAUCCAGCGCUGGAACACGCUGCAGGACAACACCAAGGUGCUGCAGCGGCGCAAGACGCAGCUUGAGGAGGAGCUGCUGCGCAACAAGAACGCCCUUAACCUGAAGCGGCAGAAGAAGAACAACGAGAGUGUCGAGCUGCAGAACCAGCUGAAUGAGCUGCAGGCAACCUACGAGUCGCUGCAGAAGAACAUCAAGAUCAAGCAGGAUGAGCUCGAGCGGUGCAUCAACCAGCGCAGCUCCACGUCGCGCACGGUGAGUCACGUGCGGAUGGCGUGCAAGAACCUCUACGACCGCUGCAUCGCAUGGACGGCGCCGUACUCCGGCCGGGGGAAGUUCGAGGUGAAGGAGGCGGAUGUGCUGUUCCAGCUGCACGUCAUUGGCGACUGCCUGCGUGACUUUCAAGAUGUGAUUGAGGCACACCACCAGCGCCAGCAGCAGAUAUCGGCGAGUCGCGCGGCGAAAGAGGAGGAGGAUUGA